GAGGAGAUGACAGAAGCAGUGGUAGGCUCAAACGAGGACCCGGCAGAGGAAACGGAGGACCCGGAACCCUUGGAGCCAGAUGACGACGGAGGUACUUUCCAACAAGUCACAAACCUCCUCAACAUCAUGGACAGCGGGUCAGCAAAGACGGACGCUGCUGGGGGGGCAGGUCCUGACAUGCGGAAGAUGCUGGCCUCGGUGAUAAUCACGGAGAAGGCCACCACGGAGCCCUCCGCGGUGAUCAACGCUCUCAUCCGUUGCCUGCAGGUGCCCGAGAUUUCCACCCAGCGCAAAGUCAACAUUUACAACAUCCUCCAGGAGAUCAUCCAGCAGGAGGGGGAGCUAGAGGAUCAGGGCGUCCAGAGGCUGGUCGCCAUCGCCUCCAAGGAGAUGAGGGAGAGCCUGGAGGUGGAGGGCUACGUGAAGGCAGAGGUGGCCAGCGACACCCUGGUGGCUUUGUCCCGCAACCACUUCAACUUGGUCAUGUAUGAGCUGCAGCACCACCUCAAGCCUCUCAACCUCACGGACGAAUUCGUCAUCGUCACCUUGGCGAAACUGGCCAAUGGCAACGUGUUUGAAUUCAUGCCAUACAUGGGCAUCACCCUGGCCACCAUAUUCACGAUGCUGAGACUCACCAAUGAAGCCAAGAUGUGCCAGGUGAUCUGCAGUGCCAUGGAGACCUUCUGUGAGACGGUCCAGUUUUACCUGCGGCAUCUGGAGGACAGUGUGUAUCCUGUGAUGACGGAAGAUCAGUUUGCCAUGAAGCUGUUCCCGAUGUAUCGCUAUUUCGUGACCGUGUGGCUAAGGAACCACAACCCUGAGGUGAAGCUGGGGGUCAUCAAGUCCCUGAAGCCCAUGCUGACCCUCCUCCUGCCCAACGACGACCUUCGGAAUCAGUUGUACGACUACAUCCCCCUGCUGCUGGCGGAAUACCGGGGCGGCCUGGAGGCCCUGUUCAUCACGCAGGUCUUGAGGCAGAUCCUGGAAACGUCCGUCACCACCAACACCCCCGUCCCCCAAAUGCAACUACACACCAUUUUCACGGAACUGCACGUCCAGGUGUGUGCCAAGGCUCCUGCCCAGCAGCAGUACAGCAGCCAAAACCUGGCGGAGAUCGUACACUGCUUCAUAGCCCUCGAGCCCAGAAUGAAUGUCAGGAACGUCUACCUGGCCAUCCGGGUGGUCAAGACCACCCUCUCUGACACCCGCUUCAAGGUAAGGAUGGCUAUUCUCCGCAUCAUCGGCCAGUUGGCUCUGUCUGGCUACCAGGACAGGAUCAAAGGCUGGGGCCUGAAGUACGUGUCUGUGCAGCUGACUCUCUCCACCUACAAACUGACAAAUCGCCGGGAGAGCUUUUAUCAGAGGGACCUGGAGGAGAAGAUGGUCCACAAAGUCACCAUGGACACCGUGCGGAUCAUAACCUCUUCCGUCAGUGGGAUGACCAAUGAGUUCUGGCUGCGGCUCCUGUGCUACAUCAUGGAGACAGAUCACACCGAGGCCUUGACUCCCAUCUGCAUCAGUCUCACAAACCUGGUGGAACACCAGCCGCGCACCAAGGAUGUGGAGGCCAGCGUGGCCAGCAAGAGCAGGCACGUGGAUCUGCCCGCGCCCCAGAAACUGCUAGCCCGUCUCCUGGUGCUGAUGUCAUCCCCCUACAAGGGGGAGGGCCGUGGGAUAGCCAUGCUCAACCUCCUAAGGACCCUGAGCCAGAGCAUCGCGCCCGCCAUGGCUGACGUGUGGGAACUGGAGAUCCCGCUGCUGGUCAAGUACCUGGAAGAACAUACUGAGUUUACUUGGAAUCAGAAGACCUGGGAGGACAAGCUAAUUCAGUUUCUGAGAAACUCCCUUAAGAAGACUCGAGGUUCCAACUGGAGCUUGCGUCUGAGCAAAGAGCUGAGCAACCAGAUCGAAAGCUUUGACAGCCCCUCCCUGGAGAAGGGCUUUCUGUAUCGGGCCCUGGGUUUCACACUGGCCACAGGCCUGGAGGCUGACAAGGUAGAGACAUUGCUGCUGGAGCUGCUGUACAAGACAGACUAUGGCAACGACUUUGACCGGGAGGGCGUGAUUCUGUGCUUUGGCCUGUGUGCCCGUGGCCAGGUGAAGACAGUGCUGAAUGUGCUCCAUGACUUUGAGGAGAGGAUCCAGGAGUCAGAACAGUCCUGGCAGAUAGGGGCUUGGCGGAAGGACCAUCCCUGGAGGCGGGAGACGGUCAAGGGCGCCCUCAUGGUCAUGUACAGCUGCGUGGCCUCGCACUGCCACCCCCAGAUGCUCCUCACCCACGUGGACACCCCCAUCACCACUAAGAUCAUUCACCACUUCUCCAGCAGCUGCCAGGACAUCUGUCUCAAAAUGGCCUUCCUGAAGAGUGUGGUUCAGGUCACCGAUGCCAUCGGGAACAUCAAGGACCUGGAGGACUUUGAAUUUGCCCAAAAGAUGAGCCUCACUGGCAUUAUAAUAGCCACCAUCAAGGCGGAACCCACCGACAGCCUGGUUUCUCCUGUGCGGACCAUGGCGAUAGAGGCCCUCUCGCACCUGAGCAGUCUGAAGCCUUUCUACUCCACAGAGGAAAACAAUGAACUGAUGGAUAUCAGUAUUCACUCUGUCAUUUCUCUUCAACCCCCACUAGAGGACAAUGAGUCCAUUCAGACCCUGUACGCAAAUGCGCUUCAGGCCCUGGAACACCUGAUGGAGGGCCUCAUGCAGAGGCAGCUGGACCCCAAAGGGCUGCAGGAAAUGGUACAUCUCCUGGGAAAGUGGAUCUUGUCGGAGAGAGAAGGGGAGCGGGAGAAGGCCAUGAACCUCCAUCUCCACCUCCUGCAGAUCCACGUGCAGAGCGCCGGUGUCUGCAUCCCCCUGAAGCUGGGGCAGUUUGGCACACUGGUUGGACUCAUUGCCCCUCGCACCUGUGACUCACACACAAGAACCCGCAUGGCCUCGAUGGAUGUCCUGUCCAGCCUGCUGGAUCUUCAUGCAAGCCAGACCUGCUCUUUGUGGGGCCCUUCCGAGGAAUUGGAGCUUGCAAAAUGUAAGGAGGAUCUCCAGGGCUUGGACAUGGAGGAGAUUUUCAGUGCAUCUUCCAGAAUCGCCAAGGUGGUUUGCAUGCAGUUUAACUGUGACGAGGUGGUCUCGCUCAUCCAGAAGCUUUGUGAGAACAUCGGGGCCAUGGACCUGUGGCAUGACAAGGCCUCCGUCACCUGGAUAGGCACCUUCCUCCAGAGGCGGACCAAGGAGCUGGAGGACAAGGUGGCUGAGAUCCUGGGUGCCCUCUUGGUCCACCUGCCUGUGGCGGACCACCCGGAAGUGCGGCGUCUCCUCAUCGAAGGCAUCCUCCUGCUGGCGCACUACCACCAGGAGACGGUCCUCACAUCGCUCCUGAGGCAGCCCCUGCCCAUGGAGAGCCACCUGACGGAGGUGUGGCUGGCCGUGGCCGAGAACGUGCCCUUUGCCCGAACGAUGCUCCAUGGGCUGAUGGGCCGGCUGCAGGCGAGCUUCACCCCCAGGGCCAAUGCCACCUCCAAAGCUGACAUCUGGCGCCUGGCCGCGGUGGACCCUCUGAUGACCCUGUGCACCAUUCACCUCCUCAUCCAGAAGAUGGAUAUGGACGACAAGGUCCUGGACCUCUUCCCCGACCUCAUCUACACCCUCCUGCUGCAGCUCAGUGGCAGCCAGGGGCCAGAGGCUGUGUCGCCUGUCCUCAAGACGUGGAGACUCGUCCACAUGGGGACCCUGCCCAAGGAGAUCAAUCUGCAGAGGAUCACGAUCAAGUCCAUGAAGCUUCUGUUCAGAAGACUCAGCAGCGAGCAGCUGGUUCGCACGCUGGAGGAGCAGGGCGUGUGGAGCCUCCUGCAGACUAACUCCACGUUCCUGCAAGGCGCGGGCCUGCUGGCCAGGUUCUGCAUGCGGAACAUGGAGGGCUACAGGCAGCGGCUGUCAGAGCUGGUGCUCAGGGGCAUGGACUCGGAUGUCCUCUGCUGUCGCAUCAGCAGCACGGCGGUCUGCGUGGAAUUCAUGAGCGACCCAGUUCUGUACCAGGAGAAGCUGCUGAAGCCCACGGUGUUGAUGCUGGAGAAGGGCAUGGACCAGGAGGACGAGGCCUUGAGGGUGCUCUCCCUGCGUGCCCUGGGCAACAUGGCCCUGGGUGCCCCCAAGAAGGUGAGGCAGUACCGGAAGCUGUUACUGGAGAAGUGCCUGGGCUCCCUGCGGGAGCCCGUGGUCACCAGCGUGACCUCCGAGGGCAUGGAGGCCCUGGCCAAGAUCCUGGCUGAGCUCCGGGAGGGCGACGUGGGGUCUUCGUUCGGCAUCAUCUCCGAGCGGUGCAGGGCCUUCUUCGACAACGAGAGUGAGCUGCUGCGUUUAAAAGCCUUCGUCCUGUUUGGGAAGCUGGCAAAGUUGGUCAGGAUCUCUAAGAAACACUUCUUCAAGGAGGAAGUGAAAAAAGCCUGGAUUCCCCUCAUGCUGCACUGCCAGGACCCCUGCUCCGAGGCAGCCCAGGCCUGCAUGACCACCAUGUUUCAGUGUGUGCACUUCUGGGGCUGGAAGGCCCUGGAGAACAGCCCGGGCCGAAGUAACACCAGUGCGGCCGAGGAGAUGACUGUUUUCCAGAUGAUGCUGUGCUCCAUCCCGACUCAGAAAAAGCCUGCUGUUCUCCAUAGCUUCUUGCUAGAAACAAUGACCUACGUUAAUAGUAACUUGCCAAGGAUCAGGAUUGCUGCGUGUGACCUGGCAGGAAUUAUUAUGCAGCAGAUGCCUGCGCAUCACCUGAAGAAACUGGACUUUCCGGCACUACGGAAUUCUCUCCAGGAGCUGCAGUUGGACUUGGAUCCUGGGGUCCGGAGGGCAGCCCUGGAGACCCUCAAAGUCUUGGAUACUUGCUGUCAGCACCAGCUUUUGGCUUCUCCCGAAGGAAUUUGCUAG